AUGUCUACGCUCCGUGGUUGCAAAGCACGCUUGACCAACGCGAUCAACAAUUUGACGCGGCUGGUCAACUCGGCGAAUUCCAACUACCCAACCGUCUUCCGUUCGGACGCCCACCCGGCAGUACAGCUCCGCACCCUCCAGCGUCGAAUCGAGGACAUGGGAAACGCUAAGAUCUCCAUUGAAAUAGCAUUGGAGACAUUCCAACAGCGCCAUGAACACGCCAUAAGCUUCAUCGAAAACCAACCGAACGCCAUAGAGCUUAUGGAUGCCUUUGACAUCUACUGGCGCGAUCACAAAGGUGACGAAAUGGAACCAACCGCAACCGCUACCAUCUUUGCCCUCGACGAUCUUAUCCGCAAGGAAACCGAACUUGCGGAUAUGCUUCGCACCACCAUAAGCGCAUCCACCACACCACAAUAUAACCCUACUAACACCACUGAUGAGCCGAUGGAUGUCACAUCCAUCAGAAACCCUACCCUAACACCACCGCAUAUGUCCGGAGGCUCAUCACCACCAUACCCUGCUGCGGAUACCAUGAAUGUACAACUCCGCAAGGUAGAGCUGCCUACCUUUGAUGGGGAUUUUUCCACCUAUUAUGAUUUCUGGGCCAAAUUCAAGACCGCGGUCCACGACAAUCCAUCCCUAUCCACCGCUGCCAAAUUUAUCCAUCUUAGUAGCAGCCUUAAAGGUAGCGCCGCACUUGUUGUACAGGGGUACGACAUAACCAAUCCCUCCAACUACCACCUAGCCAUUGAAGCCCUACGCAGACGGUAUGACCGUCCGCAGUUCACCCACAAUUUCUUUUUGCAGAAAUUAGAGAACUUGCCAGCGUCGUCUGCCGCCGCUUCAUCGCAGAGGGACACAUUAUGCCAGAUCCAAGCGUGUAUCCUGCAGCUCAACCGCUUCGAGGACACGUCAACAUCGCUAUCGCUCAAGAAGCUCAUUCGCAGCAAGUUCCCACGAGAGACUCAGCUGGAAGUGAACAGGAUGGAACACCGGUCAGGUACGAUUUGGAAGAUGCAUGAGUUUCUUGCGGGUAUUGAUGUGUUUAUUCAAGAACUUGAGAAGCUUGACGAUAGCCACUGUCCUCCACCUAGCCAUGAUCAACCCUAUUCCGCAUUAUCCACCACAUACCGCAACCGCUCACCAUCUCCAGAACCACUUUAUGAUCCGCAUAGAUGUUGUUUCUGCGGGUCGAGGAGCCAUCGCUCGACCCGCUGCACCACAUCUAUGCAGACCUACGUUCGCCGUAUGAUAGUCCGGAACCUGAACCUCUGUUGGAAAUGUGUCCAACCAGGGCACAUGGCCAACUCUUGCCGGGCUCCGAACUGUCGUUACUGCCAACGUAACCAUCACACCAUUCUUUGUUCGUAUUCAUCUGUUUCGCGUUUUUCUCGUGAUAGGUCUAGGCGUUCUAAUGAUAAUCGUCGUAAUAGUCGUAAUAGUGUUCGUUAUGAUCGAUAUACUUAUCGUUCUCCCCGCGGACGGUACCCUUCUAGGGAAUCGUCCCGGGAAAGAAGUUCUUCACGCUAUUCGUCUUCAUCGUACGAUUAUCCCUAUUCACCAUCUAGGCGCCAUCCCCGCGAUAGAGACUACCACCAUCAGUCUCAUCGCAACCAUUCUCCCUAUCGUACAUCUGAACGUGAUUCAGAGCGAAUGCGCCACCGCAACCAACGCCGCCACUCACCGUCUCCAUCUUCAGCACCUUACGGGGUCAGAUUUCGUGCUAAUCCGCGCGAUAGUCUCUCACCCGUACGCCGCAGAAACCACUCCAGCCCAGAAUCCAGUAGCCAUGUCGCCGAUACGGACGAUGAGAUGCAUAACGCACUUGAUUGCCGUCCGGUCGACGACCCCACCACCCUUACCACCUCAUCCAACCACCAACACCCUCUUCUUAUGACUGUUAAGGCUCACAUUCGUAAUCCUAAGACGAAGACCCUUGAAACGGUCAACGUCAUGCUGGAUUCAGGAGCCCAAAACAGCUUCAUAAGCAACGCAGCCACUAAGCGCCUAUCCCUUAAACCCUACGACCACAAGCCACUGACCGUCAUCGGAUUCGGAGGUCAUCGUUCGACCCAAGAAUCCGGUACAGUCGACGCCACCCUCUUAGAUGCCGCAAACAAACCAUUCCCCGUAACCCUACGAACUCAGGAAGUUCUAACUUCCCAGUUCAAACCAUAUCGUCUCAGUAAAGAAGACAAACACGCACUCCGCACAUUCCGCAUUAACCCAGACAGCCUUACCAUCAGUCGCCACGUUACGCCAGAUAUCCUGCUGGGUAUCGACUACUUCUGGGAGAACCAUCUAACCACAUCACCAUCUACACCACCUCGCUCUGAAGACGACAUCACCCACCUAUGGGACCUCGAUCGUUUAGGCAUAACCGAGGAUCCCGAUCCCUCUGUCGACAAGGAAGAGGACGCACGGAUCCUGAAGCGUUUUCGGGAUACCGCCCAGGUGAUUGACGGCUACUUGCACGUUCAAUUUCCCUGGAAGUCAUCCCACGCUCGCCUUGCCGACAACAAAAUGUUAGCCCUUAAGCGUCUUCAGAGCCAAUACCGUUCCUUCCAAACCAAACCAACCCUUUGGAAAACAUAUGCCGCAACCUUUACGGACUACCUGGAGCAGGGCAUAAUAGAGGAGGUCGACGAGCACCAGUUCGACGACCACAGAGUCUAUUAUAUCCCGCAUCAGGCAGUCAUAAAGGAAACAUCGGCCACCACUAAAUUGAGAGUCGUGUUCGAUGCGUCCUCCCACUACAGAGGCGCACCGAGCUUAAACGACUGUCUUCACUCUGGCCCCGCAAUCCUACCAGACAUGGUAGGAAUCCUCCUCCGUAGCCGCUUAACACCCUAUCUCCUUAUUGCCGACGUAGAGAAGGCUUUCCUUCAGAUUCGUUUACAACGUAAUCAACGGGAUGCCACUCGUUUCCUUUGGCUUCGCAACCCUAACCUACCACCAACUGCGGAUAAUCUUCGGAUCUUCCGGUUUACCCGCGUACCAUUCGGUAUAACCGCAUCACCAUUCCUUUUAGCCGCAUCCAUACUGUAUUACCUCCAUCUUGAACCAUCGAAGCCGCUCCACAAGGAGAUCGAGGACAACAUCUACGUCGACAACAUCCUUCUUAGUGCCUCGUCCGAGCGACAAGCCAUUAAGAAGUACCGCUCUUCCAAAUCCCUAUUCAACUCCAUGCACAUGAACCUUCGAGAGUUCUUGUGCAACUCCAACACCGUUAACCAGUCCAUCGAGCCAUCUGAUCGAGUCAGGAAUCCAUCUUCCGUGAAGCUCCUUGGUAUUCCCUGGAAUUCACGCACCGACACCCUUCUCAUACCACUUAAAACCGCAUCCGCGAAUGUGUGCUCGAAGCGCACAGCGCUCAGUGCAUGUUCAUCCACCUUUGAUCCACUUGGUCUUCUCACACCAUUCUUAGUGCCCUUCAAGGUAUUCAUCCAGGACAUCUGGAAGAAGGAAUACCAGUGGGACACUCCAUUUGACCAAGAGGACCAUCAGCGAUGGGACGAAUUGGUCCAGCAGCUCAAACAUCCGUUGCCACCAAUUCCACGUUUCAUCGCUUCCGCAAACCGCAACACCACUUAUGAGCUCGCAGUCUUUGGAGACGCCUCACAACGUCUCUUUGCCUGUUGUGCUUACCUUAUUAGCCGCUCACCAUCAACCACUUCUUCACAGCUAAUCAUGGCUAAGUCAUUAUUAGCUACGGCUAAACUCCAGAUGACCAUGCCACGAUUAGAGUUGCUCGCAUCCCUAAUAAGUGUGCGUCUAGCACGCUUCCUCCAUCACCAACUCCAUCUUAAAAUCCGCACUAUCCACUUCUUUUCUGACUCGAAGAUAGCGCUCCAUUGGAUCCACUCAUCUCGUCCACUUAAACGGUUCGUUCAGAAUCGAGUGAACGAGAUCCGCACCAUUUUAACCACUUUCCACAAGACAGACGUUCAGACGAAGUUCUACUAUGUGCAGUCAGACUCUAAUCCAGCUGACUGUGCAACUCGUGGACUUUCGACCGCUGACGCUGUCAACCACAUCUGGUGGCAUGGACCAUCUUUCCUUCGUGCUCCACAGUCGGAUUGGCCUAAGGCCGAUACGGACUUUGCCCUACCUCAGGAUCUUUGUCCUGAGGCGGAGCACGAGUUUCAGGCCCUUAGUGUCCUUCCGACACAACCAUAUGAAUCACCACUCCGUUUCCGUGCCACUAGUAGUUACCUUAAGCUCAUCCGUUCAACCGCGUAUGUGCUUAAGUUCAUCAAAGCCCUAUUCCUAAAAACCCGCAUCCGCAAUUACACCCUCAACCUAGCCACUGUUGUACUGUCCAAGGACGUUUCAGCCUCGGAGAUCACCAACGCGGAAACUCUCCUCAUUAUGGAGCAUUACCGCGAGAGUGAAUCCACGUUGAAACGACUACCAUUGGAUAAGUACAACGCUCACCGCGCUGCAGAUGGAUUGAUCCGAUGUCCGAAUCGAUUAGACCAUGCUCGGACUUCGUCUCAGUCAUCUGCACCUAUCCUUCUUAUUCCGGAGCACCACUUUGUCCAUCUUCUCGUUAUGUACCACCACAAAACCAGGUUCCAUUCAGGUGUCCAUGCCACAAUAGCCGCUCUCCGCACAUCAUAUUUCAUCCCUUCCAUCAAAACCACCGUCACCAGAAUCCUUCGGCUCUGCACAAUAUGUAGAAGAGCCCAAGGACACCCUUACCGCUAUCCUGAGAUGCCUAGUCUCCCUCCGGAACGAGUCAACCGCUCUAGACCGUUCCAGAAGGUUGGACUAGACUACUUGGGACCACUUUACUAUAGAGAUCAGCUCCAUUCUCAAGCCAAGAUUUGGAUCUGUCUCUUCACCUGUAUGGCAACUCGCGCUGUACAUCUCGAGUUAGUCCACAACAACACCGCAUUCGAGUUUUUACUCGCUUUUCGCCGUUUCAUUGCUCGCAGAGGCACUCCGGACCUCAUUAUCAGCGACAAUGCCACCACUUUCCGCUCAGCCAACGAUUCCCUACAAAGCACCAUCUAUAACCGCAAAGCCAUAGAAAAGAUAUCCACUCAACUCGCCAACCGCAAGAUCGAAUGGAGGUUCAUCACUCCUCUUUCCCCAUGGAAAGGAGGAUUUUAUGAACGUCUAGUCGGUCUCUUCAAAUCCGCAUUCAAAAAAGCCAUCAAACAUACCCUAUUACCACUUUCCCAAUUUCAGACCCUGGUUGCAGAAAUUGAAGCAGUGCUCAACUCCAGACCACUUUUAUCCAUCAGUGACACAUCAUCUUCACCACACGUCCUUCGACCAAUAGAUUUCGUCUCACCGCAAGUGGAACUCCAAUUACCAUCUCCGCACCACAACCCUCUCUACAUCCCUCCAAACCGUCUUUCGGAAUGGUACAAGGAGACACUCGCCGUAUUAAACAACUUCUGGGACAUCUGGUACAAGGACUACUUAUCCGCAAUAUCCGCACGUCACCAACACCGCAUCCAUCAAGGAAGGUCCAGUCCACUCAUUCCAUCGGUAGGAGACGUUGUUCUCAUUGCCGAUAAGAAUGUUCCACGUGGACAAUGGCCUUUAGCCAUUAUAACCACUAUCCACCGCACCAAAUCCAACAUACCCAGAUCAGCCACUGUCCGCAUUGCAAACGGUCAUGAGUUGCAGAGAUCGAUCAAUCAACUACAUCCAUUGGAGAUUUCUGCAAAGGAAGACCCACGACCGAAGAAGAGCCGCCAACAACUGCAACCCACACGGAUCCAACCACCACGAGCAGCCAAACGGGUACGAUUCGCACUUGGUACGAAGCGAGCGUCAACUCAGGUUAACUACGUGGUAUUUAUCCACUUAGGUGCUGCCGCUCAUCCAUCUCUUAUUUCUUAUCCGUUAUCACGUCUGACCAGCCUUGUACUCUGUUUAUAUAGUAACUCCGUUAUGGACAAGCAACAGCCAACUACUAGUAAAACUGCACGAGCGCGGGGGCGCGAAACGCGCAGCACGUCCUGUGCCCCUAUGGACGUGGAUAUACAACCUACGUUCGCAAACAUGGACGCCAGGCUCCUUUUUUCUUGUAUUGAAUCACUAGCUGCCACAGAUCCGCAUCCGCCAUCCUAUGAGGAACCACAUUCACAUAGGACUCAGCUACACCACUUACCACAUGACGAACAACCAUCUCAAGAGAUCCCUCCACCGACCGCAGUCCGCCGUUUUCUAUGCCCUAUCGAAGCCUGCGAAGCAUACGCUACAGGCAACUUCGAACCCUUGGACACCCUCGUCAUCGAUCAGGAGACACAGAUCAAUAGUCUUCCUGUACACCAACGCUGCGCCCUACGCCUUGCACAAACCCUAUCCCUAGCCAUCCAUCUAAAGCACACCUUCAGCCUUUCCCAUCUGGCCGCACGUGACCUUUGCAUGGUCGAAGCCUUUAUACGUGACGACUAUUAUAUCAAUAUACGCGACAUGAUAGUCGAGGAAGCCACCCUACCCACACCAUCUCAGCUCCUUUAUCCAUCUAUGCAAGGCCUUCCCAUCGUCACCCUAGUCCAAAGUUACCGCGGAAUCCACGAAACCACCAUAAAGCUAUCAAAGCUCACGGCAACCAUCGCAGAAAGACCAGAGACAUGGCAAGCCAUAAACGAGGUGAUCGACGCGAUAGAGCAGAUAACCACGGCGCAGGCCAACAUCCAUGCACACCGCUACACCAUCGAUCAAAACAUCACAGCAGCCAUAAACGCCACUCCAGAGAAGAUCGCAACCUUUGUUGACCAUCUCCACCAAUUUUACAUAUCCCUACCACGAAUAGAGCAUCUUCUCCAAGCCGCUACCGCAGCAUGCGCCGAAGCCAAUACCAUCCUAUCCCUUCUUUUUAAACGUUUGCGCCGUCAUCGAGCCGUGUCUCGCGAAUCCACCCGACCGAGAAACAGGGACGAAGAAUGGAAAGACUCUAUCACUGCACCCUCCACCUCAACCACAGCCAUAUCCACAGCAUCCGCACCUACUACCUUAACCACUUCCAGAAAAUCGCCAUCUAUAGACACCAUCUCCAUCUCGUCAUCGUCACCAGGCCCUUCGCACAAGCGCCACAAAGGCCAAGACAAACCAUCUAUGCCACCAUCAGCCACCAAACCAGAAGACACCACUCGAUCGGACAGAUCCGUCGAACAGUAUCCCUCCACGUCGUCUGACACCACUUCAACUUCACGACCACCACGGGAACAAUCCAGCUGCUUCCUCUGCAACGACGACCAUUACACAUCUGACUGCGGGUGCUACAAUAGCCUCGGCGAACGCUGCCUGCGAAUGGCCGGGCAGGGUCGCUGUCUCAGAUGUCUGUACCUUCAUCCUCCUGGCCAGUGUCGCAGAGAGAGACCAUGCGGGAUUUGCUCCUCCAACUGGCACCACCCAGCCCUUUGCCCUAAAAACAUCAGAGUAGUCAACGACGUCACAGGAGAUCUUCGACUAUUCUUCGACCAGAUGGUAGCCCUAUCCCAGAGGAAUUACGAAGCCAAACAACCUAGACAUCGCGGAUAUUCCACCUCAUCCAAUUAUUAA